UAUGUUAAAGAUAAAGUGAUAAACCCUCCAAAAAUCCUUCAUCAACAAGAAUUUCCAGUUCAGCCGUCUUGGGCUGCAGAUGAAGAAUUGAAGCAGCCGUUCGAAAAUUCCCAGUUUUAUUCAUAGCAGCCCACUAUGCUGAAGCAACUUCAUACAAAGCCUCAAUCUUUAUUGAUUAUGUGCCACCCAAAAGCACUAAGUCAUACAUUCGCAUUGAAAUCUGGGAACUUUUCUAAUGGGUUCACUGGAAAAUCCCAAGAAAAGUGCCCAUUGUUAAAUCUCAUUCAUAUCUCAGUCAAUAACCGGAAUUUUUCGAGUAGAGUUUUUGCGGGGAGUUGUCAAUUAAUUAGUGGUAGGUGUUUUUCAAGUUCUUAUUCGGGUAAAGGUGCUAGAGGCAGUGGAAAGAAUCUGCCAUGGCUAGCAAUUGAUAAAGCUAAACAAGCUAAAAAUUCUGAGAAAGUGAUGGCAAUGAGAACAAGCCGGUCUGCUUGGGAGGAAUCUGCAGAGAAGUACUUGAAAGGUGGUGUUUCUAGUGUGGAAGAUGUUGAAGUUAGGAGAUACGAUGGCAGAAGGAAUGAGGGCAAGGAUAAAGAUUAUGAUGGUGAAGUAGAAGAGGAAGAAGAAACUGAGGAAGUUGAUGAUCCUAGAUGGGAUAAGAUCAAGAAUAGGUUUAAUAGAGUUAAAGUGACAAAUGGCUCUGACAGGCCUGUGGUUAAGAGGUGGAAUAAUCAGGAAAAUUGGGGUCGGAAGACAUGGAAAGAGGCUACAGAAUCAUCAGUACCAAAAAUGGUUGGUGAAGGGGUUUAUGGGGUUGGUCCGGUUUUGGCUGCUUUAUCUGCUGAAAGGAGGGAAUUCUAUGCUUUGUAUGUUCAAGAAGGGUUGGAUUUGAGUGGAAACAAUAGGAAGAAGAAGGAUAAGAAAGGAGUUGAGAGAGUUUUGAAGAUGGCCGAAAAAAUUGGUUUGUGUACAAAGGAGGUGUCUAAACAUGACCUCAACAUGGUUGCUGAUAACAGGCCCCACCAAGGGUUAGUCCUCGAUGCUUCUCCAUUAGAAAUGGUUAGCAUUAAAGAAUUAGAACCUGUUUUGGUUGAGGGAGACGAUGCCCCUCUUUGGUUAGCUCUGGAUGAGGUAACUGAUCCUCAGAAUCUAGGAGCAAUUAUUCGAUCUGCUUACUUCUUUGGAGCUUCAGGGGUGGUUUUGUGCGCUAAGAACUCUGCUCCAUUGAGUGGGGUCGUGAGCAAAGCAAGUGCAGGCUCUCUCGAGUUAAUGGAGGUUCGAUCUUGCAAGAAUAUGAUGCAGUUCUUGACAUCUUCGGCUGAUAAUGGUUGGCGGGUUUUAGGAGGCUCAGUCUCUUCAAGAGCUGUUCCUUUGAAUGACGUUGAACAGGGUGUUCCUACAAUUCUUGUUUUGGGCAGUGAGGGCACCGGUUUGAGGCCAUUGGUCGAGAGGUCAUGUACUCAACUGGUUAUGAUUCCAGGUAACAUCCCAGUCGAUAUAACUGCAAAGGGAGAUGAAGAUGCAAUAGAUGCUGAAACAGAUAAUGACUAUUCGAGUCGUAACUUCAAGCCAUUCAUGGCCGUAGAGAGCUUGAAUGUAAGCGUUGCAGCAGGCGUCCUCCUUCAUUACUUGAUUGGCAGAAACUACCGUACAAAUAGUCAGUUGCAGGACAAGCAAACUAAUCCUGUAGUUUUAUAAAAUCAGGUUGUAAGUUACUUUAAAUCAAUUUCAUGUGUUCCAUGAGAGUUUGUGGUUAACAAACUUCUCUUUUGUUCUAAGUCUCUAUUUAUGAUCUUACUGAGGAAA